AUGAACCCAGAGAACCCUCCACCAUAUCCGAGUCCAGGCCCAAUAGUCCCAUAACCAUCUUAUGUACCACAACCAGUGAAUGUAUGGGGGCUCUACCCACUUCCUCAGUGGUACUCCAACCAAUGAUAUCAACAAUAUGGCUAGCAAGGUAGACCUCAGGAGCCUUUUAAGACCACAGUAUAUGUGGUAGAAGACCAAAGAAGAGAUGACCUGGGCACAUCCACCUGCCCGAUAGCCUGCUGGACUGUUCUUUGUUGUUGCUGCCUCUGGGACAUACUCAUCUGA